GCCUGAUUCACUCGACAACAUCAAGUACCCCUACGGCCAAAAUGCACGACUAACUAUGUCCUGUCUCUGAAGUCGUUCGGGGUCGCGGGGAGGCCAAAUCCAAGUGUGCAGGCCGGUGCCAGGCCGACUCUCGUGAGCCCGCGCCCGAGGUCACUUCAGCGAAGGGUCACUCCCCCCGGGCGCGCCGCCGCCAGCGUGAGCCGGCCGAGAGCAUGCUGUCUGCGCGAAGUACCUUCGCACGACACGCGAGGCCGCUCGAGCGAAAAUCCCUUCGGCGCGACAACGAAAAUGUGCCGAGGUGGCCCACCGUGGGCCGGGCCGCAGCCCUGGCGCGGCCCGCCCUGUCUCAGCCCUGGCCCAACGGCGCUCAGUUCAAACCAAAAUAAGCGCGCCAGUACGCGCGAGCGCUGGGCUACCGCCGAGGCUCAGUGAAUGUCGCUGGGCGCGCGGGCGCGAAAUAACAGAAUUGAGAAAACCGGGGCGUUUCGGCUGUAUGCCAGGGGCAUUCUCAGGCGGCAUCGUGAGAGGAGCGCGCGGGGCCAGUCGAUCAUGGAGACGGGGGCAGUAGAUCAUGGAGGGGGGUGGUAUGAUUGCGCUUCUUGCGAAAUAAAACUGAAGGGCCCUGACGCAUCGAACCUAACAUGCGUUCACCUUCCUGCCUUCCAGUCACAGGCCAGUGCAAACAUCUCGCGCGGCAGCGCAACUGGUUAUCAUGCUUGAAGUUGCGCCAGGUCCGUUAUUUACAUUUGCGACUGGCUGCGAUUGCUCAGGCGUCAAGACCGAACCAACGACGGCAGUGAUUCAAGAAACAAGCAACUGGAGGGCGCUAAACGCGUCAACUCACUUGUUCAUCAGAGUAUUCAACGCGGGCUCACAAUUCUCGAUCUCCUUGCCCUUGAACCCGCCAGCAGGGUGUAGUGCCGUAGGGCGUGUCGUACUUCAGCGCGGCCCACGCCAAGGAACUUAUAUCGUAGAACACGUCGAAAUCCAACCUGUGCUGGGCCACUUCGGCCCCCCAGCUGGCUCCAAUGGCUGCGUCGGCCGCCCCCGUCGCCGCCGGGAUGCCGGCCGCCGCCAGGACCUCGCCGCGGAGCGCGCAGGCACCGCCCUGCGGGGCGGGGCGGACACGAAGGCGAUGGCGCCCUGCAGGGCCACGCGGCAGCCAGCGAGCACGCAGGCAGCGGCGGUGGCGGAGCGUGCCAUGGCGGGGUCACGGGGCCGCACCGCAACAAGCCUUGGGGCCGAGACGUCCUGAGCCGGGUGGCU